AUGUUCAAACAACUUGUGGGAGGUUCGAGACCACUUCUAAGUGGCGCCAUGCGGACCCAGCGAUUUUUCUGCGUGUCAAACGGCCGUGCAAGUGAGUUUGACGAGCUCAAAGUGCUGGAGUCCACCAAGAAGAAUGCCACCACGGUUUUCGACAUUGAUGAGUUGAUCGCCAACUCACCCGGUCUUGUGGAUGGCAACCAGAGCAGAAGAAAGUAUGACGAUUACUCUUUUGGCAGUCUGGCCAAGGACCCAAGAGAGGUUGCAAAGGCCAUUAAUAUUACUGGACCAGCCAGUGGCAGAUCCGUGGAUGUCAAAUUCAACAACGUGGGAUUUGCUAUUGGUAAUGUAUAUUCGAUUUUGAGAACCAACAAUGUCAGAACGCAGUGGAACUUACAGAAGAGAUACAUGAGACCAGCUAAGUACCAGAAGGAUAAGCACAGAAAGUGGUGGAGAAAGCAGUUUGCAAAGGGAUUCUCUGACUUGAUGGCUCAGGUGACCGAUGCAAAGAGAAGGGGAUAUUAA